AUGUCUACGCCUUCGCCCUCUGGGGCCCCCAAACCACCGCCACCGGCCAUACUACCGGUUACUCCUUUGCCGGACAUCUUUUGCGUCCCGCCCCCGCCCUCCACGACGGCGCAGUCGGCCAAGAGAGCCCGGACUGCAGACGAGGAAGUCCGUCACGCCCACGAUACCACCGCCACCCCUGCUGCUUCCGGCCCCAUCAAAUCCUUGACCGAGACCCUCAUCUCUGAAGCUCUCGCCAAAACGGAGGUCUACCGCUUCUUCGCCGCCUUCCUUGACACCGAACUCCCCCGUCUCUCCGCCGUCUCGCCCUCCAGCGCCCACAUCCCUCGGAGAUCGUCGUUUACCGACGGCUCUAUGAUAGCCAAGCAGAUGGGCUUUCCAGCGCACGCGGAGGACCCGGACGCUGAAGAAGAAAGCCCAGAGGGCGAGUGCGUAGGCUUUGGCUACGUAAUCUUCCAGGGACAGACAGAACUGGGCCGCGGAUGCGGUCAACUAGAACAUGCCGAAGUCUUCGAUGCGGAGGCCGAAGGGGCGCGGCAUGGUCUCAAGGCCGCUGUGGCGCUCUUUCCGGAGGCACAGGCCCGGCCACGCAUUACGGUAUGUCUCGAUAACACGUCCGUCAUUAGAGGACUCCGGGGAACCCCAGCUGCGUCGUCACAAGCGGCUUUCCUUGACUUCCGCGCCACCCGCAUGGGCUAUGGCCCCAGUCUGGUGGACGUCCGCUGGGUUCCUGGCCACAAGGGCAUCACGGGCAACGAGAUUGCUGACGAGCUCGCUAAGGCGGGUGCUGAGGGAGGAGAGGUAGUCAAUGAAGGCUUGGCUACCACUGCGCAUUCAAGACGGCUUGCUAAGAGGAAGGCGCGUACGGAUUUCAAGGCAUGGUGGGCCGCGAACAAGCCAGAGUCUUAUGCAGACUACCGGUUGGGGGUCUCUAUCAAGCCUAACGAGGAACUAAAAGAACUGGACAGACGGUCUUUACACCACCUCCUCGCAGCCAGGUCUGGCCACGGUGAUUUCAAGGACUAUCAU